AUGAUGGAAUACAUGAACGAUAAAUUCGCAUUGAAAAGUCAAGCGAUUAAGGGCAGCGACUACUACAUGGGCUCUGGUGGCGCGCUGGACCAAGUUAUGGAGAGUUUGGACAGUGUGCAGUACUACAGCAAGACCUCGCCCAAGUGUGUGCAGGCCUUCGGGAUACAGAGCAGCGAGCACCACCCGCGAAUGGAGCAGUCCUCGCCUUGUGGAGACCAAAACGGUUAGUAAAUGGCACUUUUUCCACUUUCCAUGCAUAAAACGUUACCAAAUAUAGUUUCAACUGCCGCUGGAAUUGGUAGGCUAUGAGAUGUGCUGUUACGAUGCAUUAGGCCUAUAACUGCGUGUAAAUGCAUUAUAGGCUAUUUUUUAACUAGGCAAGUCAGUUAAGAACAUAUUUUUAUGUACAAUGACGACCUACCAAAAGGCCUCCUGAUACAUGUACGUUUUUUGUUCUCAAAAUUGUGCCUGAGAAACGAACAUGGUAGGCUACUUGUGUGUAAUUUCAUCACAUCUCCACAUUUGACUGAGUAUGUGCCAUAUCACAAACAAUUUUUUAAAAUGUGUUAUGUCAUUCUUGUUGCUCUAAAUCCAUAAACGACUGGAUUGAGGCAAUUUAGUUCUUUUUUUUUAUUGCCAAGCUAGUAACACCUUGAAAGAGCAUUGGGCAGAUGUGAUCAUAUUUAAAAUGUGCCUGUUUAAUAUUAGGAAUGUCCGUUUUUUUAUAGGCUCACAUUAUUAAGUUAAAACUUAAAUGCAACCGUAGUGCAAAAUAUUUCACAUUCACCGCAUAUAGGUUAGAUAACAAAUAGGCCUAUAUAUCUCUCUUAAAUGAAAUAUAUUCGUGAAUAGGCCUAUUAUUUAUAGCCUAUCACUCGCCUGUUGCGCAUAGAUUACUUAAUAUGGCAAUAUGGCAUAUGCCUAUAUUUUUUUGCAACAUCUGCGUUUUUCAUUGAUUUAUAAUACAAAUGAUAAUUUUAUUUUUCUUUCAUAUAGCGAAUUAUGGUGUCCCGAAAACGGAAGAUACCUUGCACGCGGACCUUGGAAGGUCGAUCGACAACUGUUGCAAUCUGAGGGCCUCGCCGGUAACGGCAGGUCAGGAGAAAACGGAUUUGGACGAAAUGGGUGACAAGUGUGACAGUAACGUAUCGAGCAGUAAGAAGAGGCGGCACAGGACGACAUUCACGAGCGCACAGCUAGAGGAGUUGGAGAAGGUGUUUCAGAAAACUCAUUACCCAGAUGUUUAUGUGAGAGAACAGCUGGCGAUGAGGACUGAACUAACGGAGGCCAGAGUGCAGGUAAUGUAGACCUACUCUCACUGUCCUUCAGUUGUUCUAUUGCAGCGUUGUUUAGGAACAGAAACGGGAACAUGACAUGUAGCCUACUAUUGACUGAGAUCACUUCGGGCUUAUUUUAGGUCUAUUAAAACAAUUCGUUAUUUAUUUAGGAUAUACAAAAUAUGUAGGCCCAAUGUUAUUUAAUGUAGGGCUAUGUUGGCCAUUUAUGCAUUUUAACUAUAUUUUAGGAGCAUAUUUAAGAUUAGCUACUGUCAAUUAAGAAUUUACCAUCGAUUUCUUUAUUGGCUCUAUAUUUAUGUGAGGGCUUGGUGUACUCUAUAUGUAAUAUAAUAUAGCCAUAGGAUAAGACAACGCUGAAAAAGAAGGGUACAUGUUGACAUGUUGACCAAGUUCUUUAUAGACAACGUUUGAUUAUUUUGUAUCUCUCGUUCCCCUUUUAGGUGUGGUUUCAAAACAGAAGAGCCAAGUGGAGAAAAAGAGAACGUUACGGACAGAUUCAACAGGCAAAAAGUCACUUUGCAGCCACAUACGAUAUAUCAGUGUUGCCAAGAACAGACAGUUACUCUCAGGCAAGUUUGCUCUUUUACCAGGGCUACAAUUUAUUUGCCACUGUUGAAUAGUUUUUUUGUCUCCAUUUUCUGUAAAAUUAUAUAAUCUGAAAUUAAACAUAUGAUUUUGGUAGGCUAUACUAAUGAGGUAAUUAUUAACAAUAAUUAGGACUAUCAUUUGUGGAGCAUGUCGUGCGCCAAAAUGGAAUAAGUUAGACUAUAAAUAAGAUGAGAGGGCUGUUGACCGCCACAAACCCUUGAUAGAUUUACCAUCUUUGACGGCGGGUUCGAUUUAUCAUGCACCAUAUUUCAGAUAAGACUUCCAAAGUUGAUUAGAAAGUAUCUCGGCAAACCACUGGAAUUAAUGAUUUAUUAUUAUUUAUAAUAAAUGAUUCCGUCUCAGAUUUCACUGAAAAUAUUUAUCCCUUUGGCGCGACAAGGCUACUUUUCUCUAGGCUGUGUAGGCUAUUCUUUUAAAGCCAACAUUAAACGUUAAAGCCAUAAGGGGCUGCAAGAACGCAUUCCUAUAAAGCCUUCAUACCCGUAAACGAUGAUACAUGUUUAACUUUGUCUAACCCAUCGAAAUCCUUAGGUGGGGUGUGGUCACUCAUGUCGGUGUAGAACGCGUGUGUCGUGUUUGAAGUAGAUAGACUACUCUCACAGACUAACAUCGUUGAAGAGGAUUAGCUUUGAAGAUGUAAAGCCGUACAGCCAGGCUCUCAAUGUCCUGGGCUAAAUCCAUGCCUGAAUUCUGUUCAGCAUAUUUUGUUCCCUCUCAUAUGUUUCUCAUAUAAACACUAGAAUAAACCCAUCUCAUUUUACAUUUACAUUUACAUUUUUAGUCAUUUAGCAGACGCUCUUAUCCAGAGCGACUUACAGGAGCAAUUAGGGUUAAGUGCCUUGCUCAAGGGCACAUCGACAGAUUUUUCACCUAGUCGGCAUGGGGAUUUGAACCAGCGACCUUUCGGUUACUGGCACAACGCUCUUAACCGCUAAGCUACCUGCCGCUCCUUUAAUAUAGUUUAUCCAGAUAGAUUACUUACUAUAGAGGGCACUGACGAUAAGUGGGGGAUUGAAACAUGCACUAUAUUUUACUGUUUGAUAUACAACCAUGACUAAAUCCAGUUGAAAGUUGAUGAUUUCUUCCUUGUUCAUACUGUAGGGGGAACAUAAAUUACAUUUUUGUGGGUUGGACAUGGACAUUUCUACAAAACAGCAUGAUCUGGAUUUGUUUUAAAAUGUGCAGUUUGUGUAACAUUUUUGCUAUAUUUAUAGAUGGUUGAGGUCAUAUCUGAUAUGCUCUCUGAUGUCAUAUGUUUAGGGAAAUAAUUUUGUUUGCAACCAGCUGAAAAUAUAAACACUAAAAAAACGUCAUUACUUAUAACCACCAAACCAGACCACAAUCUUCACCACCACCACAAUUAAUUAUGUUUCUAGUAUUAGCUAUUUGUAUGUAAACCAACAUUUGGCAGUAGCCUACUAUGGUUGCAGCCCUUAGAAAAAGCUCUUAGAAAAAAUGGUUCCAAAAGAGUUCUUCGGCUGUCCCCAUAGGAGAACCCUUUAUGGUUCCUCUACAUGGAACCCAAAAGGGUUCUACCUGGAACCAAAAAGGGUUAUUCAAAGGAUUCUCCUAUCAGGACAGCUGAAGAACCCUUUUAGGUUCUAAAUAGCACCUUUUUUGUCUAAGCGUGUAGGGAAAAUGCUGAAUAGUAAGUAUAGUGACCAGAUUAGUUCAGAUCUUACAGAUUAGAUUUUUCCUGGUUAAUCAGGAAUACAAUUUGUGACAUCUGGACAGGAAGCCCCCCCAUCCCCCCGAUCUUCUAUCACAUCCCUGACAUCUGAAAUGUAGCUAAAGUAGCCUGAUAACACUUUAUAAAAAGAAAAUACCCUCAAUAUAGAAUAUAAUAAUUUUAAUGCAAUGUGGAAAUGUCGCUAAUGCCCCACAGUGGCAAAAUACUGAAAACAUCAGUAGCACUUCAUAAUCAAAAUCAAGACCAAUCAACUUCUCCGGUAGAAUAAUAAAUAACCAAAUAAAUAAUUAUCUGUUUUAUUUUCCUCCACAGAUCCCCAACAACCUGUGGCCCAGCCCUGCUCCCAGUGGCUCUGUGGUCUCCUCCUGCAUGCUUCCCCGUGGAUCUCCCCCAUGUGUCACCUCCUAUUCCCACUCCCCCCGCUCUGCAGCCGACCAUGGGUACGUGGGCUUCCCCAACCAGCAGAACCAGUUUGGACACGUCUCCCUCAACAACUUCUUCACGGCCGACUCCCUCCUCACGCCCUCGCCCAAUGGACACCCGUUCGAGACCAAGCCCGAGUUUGAGAGACGCUCGUCCAGCAUCGCCGUGCUGCGGAUGAAGGCUAAAGAACAUGCGGCCAACAUAUCCUGGGCCAUGUGA